GAAUGUGUACAUAUUUAUGUAUUUGAGGUCCAAAACAUAGUCAUAAGUGGACUGUCAGUUUUAAGCUCCACUUGUGUGGAAUCAGAGAUCAAAGCUCGCUUCCAAGUUCAGGGAGGCAACAACGGAAUCAAGAUGAGUAGCGCUACAGAAGAAAGUGACAACGAAGUUCCCGAACAAAAUAAGACCCAGUCCGAGGAGGGGUCAACAACUGAUGAAGAAAACCCAGUGCAAACCGACGAUGAAGAGGGCGCCGUAGGAGGGACAAAAGCUCCGGCAGAGAGCUAUCACUCGGAGAAGGAGGAGGAUUCUAUAUAUGAAACCGAUGAUAAUGGGGAGGCUCGAUCUUCGCAUAUAUAUCCCACUCCACCAUCAGAUGGCGAAAAUAUGGUCCCAGCGUCAAAGCCAAAACGGGGCAAGCGCCGGCGCACUGUCAUCGAGAUGGCAAUGGAUGCAAUCGAAGAACUGAAAAAUAAACGCGGAUCUUCGGUUAUUGCCAUUGUGAAGUACCUCAGGAGCAAUGACCAUAAGGUGGCAAACGAGCGGCGCUUCAAUACGCUGGUCUACAGGAUGCUAAAGCAGGGCGUGACCGACGGUCAGGUGACGCAGCAUAAACGUUCAUUCAAGCUUUCGCAAGCCACAAUUAAUGAACGAAAAGCUGAGGAAAAAAUGAAGGGUAAAAUGGCCAAGGAACAGGAGCAAAAAUCAAAGGGCAAGAAAGAAGACAAGAGUAAUAAAAGAGCCAAGGCCGCUGAAGAGGAAGUCUCUGAAGUCUCUUCCGAGGACGAGGACCCAAAACCGAGGGAUGCUGCAAAGCGGCGCGCAAAGCCACCUGCAACAGGAAGGGGAAAGCCUGCGAAGGCUUCAGAGCGCAAAACAAAUCAACCUAGAAAGAAGAUGAAGAAGAGCGAUGGAUCUGCCUACGCCGUUGCAGUGACUAGCACAUCGAACAAAGCAGCCGCUGGCGCUGCAGUUCUAGCCGCAAUGGAGAUGGCCGGACCAUCCAGAACGCGCAAUAAGAGAAUGAUUACUGAGGUGAUGUAUGAUGAUGAUGAAGAUAAUGACGAAGAUGAAAAAGAUGAAGAUGAUGAUGAUGAAGAAGAUGAAGAGGAAGAAAAUGAAGAUGAUGAAGAUAAUAAAGCUGAAGACCCCCUCGAAACGCCUCAGACUAAGAAGGGAAAGGGCGCUGCUCUAAUAAAAAUCAAACUGCCAGAUAGCUUUUCGACUAGUAAGCUGGUGGCCCAGGCCACAUCAACGCCCCAGGCUGCAGACAAGAAGGCCACCCACAAGCGCAAAUAAUCUUGGCCAUCAGCCGUUCAUCUUUGAUGUUCAUAGAAGCUCCAAUAUGAAACCUGGAUUUUGUUAGGUUAAUUUUGUAGCUGGUGAGAGAUGCUCCACCGCUCAGUUCAUUUUUACCCUAAAAGU